AACUAAAGGUCUCUUUUACCUAAAAUGUUAUAGAUCUUCAUUUUGGGUUAGGGAAUAGUUUGGUUGUUUUGCUGAAAUGGCUGCACCGAUUGCCCAGAUAGAAGAUGAAUGGGAAAGUUUUGCAAGUUUUUCUCCAACCAGAUUAAACAUGUGUUCCACCAAUGUAGAACAAUUGGAGGACGUAAAAAAUCAAAACAUGUCUUUUGGAAAUAGUGAAAACCUGGACAGUAUUGAUAACUUUAUUCCUGACCCAGAGUUGCUAAGCUACAGCAGUAUGGAAGAUCUUGUUCAAACUUUUGAUGAGAAAUUAGCAGCAUGUUUUAGGAUUAAUGCAUCUAAUAAUAAUAAAGUUCAAGAAAAUCCGGUGAAGCCAUUUAAUGCGGAAACGAUAACUGAUGACUAUAUUUGGAAACGUUUGUCGGAUAAUUACGGUUUAGUUCAACCGUUAAAUUGGGAAACAUCGCUGGUAAGAAAACUUCAUAUUCCUGCCUUAGAUUUGCCUGGUGAAAAAGCUACUUCAAAUGAGAAGGAAGUAAAAGCUGAAACGGAAGAUCCAGAGUUGGAAAAACAAAUGGAUUUUCAUAGAAUGAUUGAAUACAAUGUUUACACUGAAGAAUCGGGUUCAGUUUACCAACCUCCUUAUGGGGAGAGUAAUAAGAUGAUGCAGACUGCUGAUGAAGUAAUAGAAGAGUUGGAAGAGAUCAUGCAUGAUGCGGAUGUUGCGAAUGCUGUGGAGGAUUAUGAGAUUCAACAAGAAACCGGGAUCAUUUUUGACAAGUCCUCUCUGGAAGAUGGGGAGUUUCAGGAGCCGUUUCCUGCAUCCGGAUUAAGACCAUCAAUUGGAUCCCCAUCCAGUCAAGAGGAAAGUGACCGGGCAUCUGUGUUGAAACUGCUUACCUUAUCUGAGUUAAAUGAUAUUAAUGCUGAUUUAGAAGAUCAGGUAAAAAUGCUAUCAGCGGAUUUACUACAUGAACUUGGUCGACGAGAUGAACUAAACUACGAAAACGAGGUGAAAAACUGUUUUAUUUCUCGUGUCUUAGAAGUGCAGUACAAACAGGAGCAAUUUCGAAAAGUGGCCGCUGCACCUCCUAAAAAGUUUGGACGUUUAAGGAAAAGCGCGACGACAGAUUCUGUGUCAGCUGGCCGGUACUUAACAUCUGUUAUUCCAUGCAGCAGUGGUCCUACACCUACCCUUGAAAACUUACAAGCCAUGAUUAAAAUCUUAGAUGCAAUUAAAUCAGAUAGUGAUGAAGUUCCCUCCCUACUUACAGCAUAUAUUUUAAAAGUUCUGUGUCCUGCACCUAAUGGUUCAAGAACAUUAAAACUUUGAAUUGAACAGCUUUGUAAAGCUGAUGGAGAAUUUGCUUAAAGGCUGCAAGCUUUCUGACCACUUUGAUUGAACAUCAAGCUGUAUCCUCUCUUAACAAAUGCAUUUGGAUCCUAGAAACAUCUUAUUUAUUAACAAAAUUUUGUUUCAGCAACAGCUAGCAUCAAAUUUUAAAAAAUAGUUUUUUACUACUGUUUAUAAAUAUUAGUAUUUGAACUUGUCUUAUUUGAAAUUUCAUUCCCAUAAGCAUUUCAUAGUUAGUAAAAGUAUUUCAAUUGGCAGUUUUUAAUAUAAUGUGACAGCAGUAGUAUCAUCACUAGAAUCUAUUUCUGAAGCAUUAGCUACAGGUAAUGCAUUGUAACCAACUCAUGUAUAAUGAAUUAAGCUUUUCACCUCGUACAUACACUGCAUGUGGAAGCAUUAUCCUACACUAAAGCAACCUUUUUUUUAAAUUUUUAUUUGACCACAUCUGAAGCACCCAUAUUACCAUUAUAUUAGCUACGUAUAUAUUUUGCUGCAGACACACCUGUCAGAUACAAUAUAAUGUUAUUUGCUUUUUAAUGUUGUGUACAAUAACAAUAUGGCAGCUCAAAAAACAAAACAUUUUUUCACAAUUUGUUUUGAAGUGUUUUCAUACACAACAAUAAUCAAUAACAUCGUAUGUCAGCCAAUGUAUGCUAAUGCUUAUAAUGCAGUAGUAGGUUUAAUUUAAUACUAUUGCAUCAACAUGAAAGCUAAUAGCCUAUUGUCACAAAUAAUCUUUUUAGUUCUGUAGCAUUUUUAAACAGUAAACAUUUAUGAACAAUAACAAAAAAAUCUGUAAAACAAUCUUAAAAAUAACAUCACCUAUCCAAUGAAAAGAUAUUUUGUUUCUAUAUUUGUCUUGCCACAUUCAUAUUAUCACCUGCUGUGUCACUGUAAUGCUUGUUUUUGAUUUGUACGAAAGCAGACUUUUAAUUGUUUCUUUUACAGCUUAUUUCUGUAACACAAGAUUAAUUUCACAAUUGUUGUAUUUUUAUCAUUUAAUAAGGUACCAGUUGGUACUAUGCUGUGAUUUCUUGCAGUAUUAUAAUGUUUUAAUUUACGUGUUCUGAUUUCUGUAAUUUUUACUUUACCGUAUAACAUUUUUUAUGAACAGUAGUAACCCAAAUACAGGUGAAAUUUCGAUUCGAACAAUUUGAUAUUUUAAUUAUCUGAAUAUAAAGGCAGUGUUAAAAGUAUUAGUACUACUUUAAGACAGCAUGUGUAUGUUUAAAUAUUUAAACCAGUGUGAAAUGUUCUAUGUAUCCUUUUAAGUAUGUUUCACAAUGUGUUUUGAUUAUUUUCAAACUUCAAUAUUACUUGAAUUUGCAAAUUUUUCACUUUCCCAAUUAACGAAACUCCUUUAAGCCAAAUUUAACUGCCGUCAUUUUUUCUUUUGAUUUUACAUCAUAUUUGCAAUGGUAUUAUAUUUAUGCAUGGCUUUUUAUUUAUGGUUAUGUAUUAUAGA